UUUCUAUUUAGUCUGGCGCAAGUCUAUCAAUCAAGAACAAAUAGUCCAGAGUCACAAGUGAGGGCAGACCGACCUUGCCUCAAUGUCAUGUUAGUCAUGCGGUGACACUAAAAUAUCCAUAGUAACGGGACUGGGUUGCUAGGUAAAUUAUUUGGAUGUAUGGAGAAGGGCGGGUUUUUCAAUGCUGCCCAGCAGGUGUACUGUACGUCUUUGUGCCGUGUGCCUAACUUUAAUGUCUGGGUGCUCACACGAUGCAUUCCUGAUCAAGCAGUUACCAUUUGGAUCAUGUGGAGUUGCUAUGGAAACUUAGGCACUAUGCUUAUUAGCAGAAACUACACCAACAGAAACCAAAGACCAGAGCUCAGUGUGAAUUAUCAUGGGGAUAUGGUGCGGAGGCAAAAACAUGACUAAUCCAGACCAGAGAACAGCCAAGGGAAGACUGUUGGAUGAAGAGAUGGACGGUUAUCCCAGUGUCACUGGGGGGGAUUCUACACAACAACAAGAAAGACAUUACUACCUGUUAUCUGAACUGCAAACACUGGUCAAAGACUUGCCGAGCUCCUUUCAGCAGCGCCUGUCCUACAACACGCUGAGUGACCUUGCUCUAGCCCUGAUAGACGGGACGGUAUAUGAGAUUGUGCAGGGCCUGCUGGAUAUACAGCAUCUGACAGAGAAGAAUCUCUACAAUCAGAGACAGAAGCUGCACUGUGAACACCAAGCACUCAAACAAGACCUUGCACGAAAACACAAAGAUGCCCUGCAGUCAUGUAAGUCUCACAACCUUGUGCUGCUCAAGGCAAACCAACAAGCCGAGCUAGAGGCUCUGGAAGUUCGUGUGCGAGAGGAACAAAAAAUGAUGGAUAAGAAGAUCGUAGCAGAAAUGGAUCAAAAAGUGAUAGACCAGCAAAACACGCUGGAGAAAGCAGGAGUCCCUGGGUUUUACGUCACCACUAAUCCUCAGGAGCUGACAAUGCAGAUGAACCUACUUGAAUUGAUCCUUAAGCUUCAACAGAAGGAGUCUCAAUCUGGACUUCUAUGAGGAUGAUGAUAGAGCGACCUAUUUGUGCCAAACAAAACUGAGAAAAAUUGGUCACAAUCCAGUAACCGUGAUCUGCCCCUGGGAUCGGCGAACAUACAACACUCCUGUCUUCUAAGAAGCGGCAAUUUCAGACACAUGCUCUGAGUGCUCUUUUCAUCAGUGUCAUGUGGAAAAAAGCUGCUUUCGAAGUAUUGAAGUGAGAUGUUGCAAGACACAGUGACGCGGUAGCAGGCUGUCACAGCUUAAAUAUCACAGCCUGUAACAAAUUAAGACGGGGUUUUGUUAUUAAUAAUUUAAACAGGUUUACCAGCCCUGACAUGGGGACACAAGUGCCUCCCGAGACGCAUUAAUUCAACACUUAAAGGAGAAGUUUCGCUGAUUUAUGCGGACAGAGAAGUAACUCUGAGGAACAACGUAUUGCUUUCUGGCGAGAAAAUUAGUUAUUUGAUGGGUUUUUUUUUCAUGAUAUUUAUUUAAAAUGCGUAAAUAGAAACACUCUUUGAAGUGUUGUCAGUUCGACUGUUCUGACUGUUUUUGUUUUUUUGGUGUGUUUUUUACUUUACUUUAUUUGAGCAUUACUGUAAUAGUUCGUACACUGUCAUGUGUUUUUGUGGAUGUUCUUUUUGUUUCAAUUAUUUUGUACUAUUGGAGAAAAAUAUUCAUGGUUAUCAUAACUGAAUACAUGAAUAACGUUAUCCAUUAAAUAAAUAAAAGUGCAGCCUAGCAGAAUUAA